CCCUCGAAAUCAGGAACAGAAGGUCGAGACCCAGAAGAACUCAAAAAGUAAAAUAAAAAUGGUGUCAAAUUUUAGAUACAGUGCUCGAUCUCCAGCUAUAAAUACUAGUCUCUUAAACCCAACCGCAUUGCAUUCUUCGUCCUCGUAUUCUCUUUUGUUUCCAAAGCCACUCAAACAACUCUCGAGUUCUGGUUUUGGAAUUCGCAGGUGUUGUUCUUAUUCGAAUCGAAUAUUUCCCGUAUUUUCCUUUAAGAGAAACGAUCUAAGAGCCCCGUGCAAAGAAGAAGAAGACAAAAUGACGAUUAAGCAGGCGGUUAGGAUCUCCGACAGGAAGAUCCUAGUAAAAGACCGAACAAUCCUAACAGGAGUACCGGACAAUGUGAUAGCAACGUCCGGUUCGGAGACCGGUCCGGUCGAGGGCGUGUUCGUUGGUGCUGUUUUCGACAAAGAAAACAGUAGGCACGUGGUUUCUCUAGGAACGCUACGUGAGGUCCGGUUCAUGUCGUGCUUUCGGUUCAAGUUAUGGUGGAUGGCCCAGAAGAUGGGCGAUAAAGGAAGAGACAUUCCGUUAGAGACUCAGUUCCUAUUGGUCGAGACCAAAGAUGGGUCCCACCUCGACGAAAACGAGGAGAACCCGGUUGUCUACACGGUUUUCCUUCCUUUGAUCGAAGGCUCGUUCCGUGCGGUUUUACAAGGCAAUGAUCGCGACGAGUUGGAGCUUUGUUUGGAGAGCGGUGACGUGGACACCAAAGCGUCGUCGUUUACUCACUCCUUGUUUAUCAGCGCAGGGACUGAUCCUUUUGCCACGAUCACAGACGCGAUCAGAGCCGUUAAAUCGCAUCUGAAGACUUUCCGUCAAAGGCACGAGAAAAAAUUGCCUGGGAUCGUUGACUAUUUCGGUUGGUGCACCUGGGAUGCGUUUUAUCAAGAAGUGACUCAAGAAGGGGUUGAAGCUGGGCUUGAAUCUUUGGCCGCUGGUGGGACCCCAUCGAAGUUUGUGAUCAUCGAUGAUGGGUGGCAAUCGGUCGGUGAGGAUUCAAAGGAGGAGAGUCAGAGCGAGAUGAAUCAGCAGCCGUUGCUUAGGUUGACUGGGAUUAAGGAAAACUCGAAGUUUCAAAACAAGGACGAUCCGACGGUGGGGAUUAAGAGCAUAGUGAAUAUAGCUAAAGAGAAACAUGGGUUGAAGUACGUGUACGUGUGGCAUGCGAUUACUGGGUACUGGGGUGGGGUCCGCCCGGGUGUGAAGGAGAUGGAGGAAUAUGGGACGUUGAUGAAAUAUCCAACGACGACAAAGGGAGUGAUAGAGAAUGAUCCCACGUGGAAGACCGAUGUUAUGGCGACACAAGGAUUGGGUUUGGUGAACCCAAAGAGUGUGUACAAGUUUUACAACGAGUUGCAUAGUUAUUUGGCGUCUGCGGGUAUAGAUGGGGUUAAGGUGGACGUGCAGUGUAUACUGGAGACACUUGGAGCUGGGCUUGGUGGUCGGGUCGAGUUGACCCGGCAGUAUCAUCAGGCUCUUGAUGCUUCCGUGGCUAGGAAUUUCCCUGAUAAUGGGAUCAUUUCUUGCAUGAGUCACAACACUGAUGCACUUUACUGCUCGAAACAAACGGCAGUGGUGAGAGCAUCAGAUGAUUUUUUCCCGCGGGAUCCGACAUCACAUACAAUACACAUAGCGGCAGUGUCAUACAACAGUGUGUUUUUGGGGGAGUUUAUGCAGCCUGAUUGGGAUAUGUUUCACUCUCUUCACCCAGCUGCUGAUUACCAUGGAUCAGCCAGGGCUAUUAGUGGUGGCCCACUUUAUGUUAGUGAUGCGCCAGGGAACCACAAUUUUGAGCUAUUAAAGAAGAUGGUGUUGCCUGAUGGUUCCAUCCUUCGAGCCCGUUUGCCUGGUCGGCCCACUAGGGAUUGCUUGUUCACUGACCCAGCCCGUGAUGGUGUUAGCUUGCUGAAGAUAUGGAAUAUGAACAAGUACACUGGAGUCCUGGGUGUAUACAACUGCCAAGGUGCAGCCUGGAACAGCAUUGAAAGAAAGAACACCUUCCACCAAACCAAAUCAGACUCUCUCACUGGCUACAUUCGAGGCCGUGACGUCCAUCUCAUAGCGGAGGCCGCCACUGAGCCCAACUGGAACGGUGACUGUGCCGUCUACUGUCACCGGUCGGGUGAGCUUGUAGUCCUUCCAUACAAUGCAUCCAUGCCAGUGUCACUCAAGGUCCUUGAGCAUGACAUUUUCACUGUCACACCCAUCAAGGUUUUAGCACCCGGUUUUGGUUUUGCUCCCUUUGGACUCAUCAACAUGUUCAAUGCUGGUGGAGCUAUCGAAGGGUUGGAAUAUGAAGUGGAGAAUAAGAGUUCAGAGUUGGUUGGUAAAGUUUAUUUAGAGGUUAAAGGGUGUGGUAAAUUUGGUGCAUAUUCAAUGACCAGGCCGAAGAGGUGCAUUGUGGAUUCUAAUGUGGUUGAGUUUGUGUAUGAUUCGGAGUCUGGUUUGGUGACUUUGAGCUUGGAUCAGUUGCCUGAGGAGGGUCAGAAGGUUCAUUUUAUUGAGUUUGAGUUAUGAGCAAUUCUUUGUAUCAAUUAGGUAAAGAGAGGUAGAGGAGGGUGAAAUGCUGGGUGGGCUAUUUGGGAUUCUGAUGAGAGAGGGAUUUGCCAUUGUGUCUGUUGUAUUUUAACAAACCCAUUAUUGUAUGUUGGGUUCAUUAGUUAAUGUAAGAUUCGGAGGGAAAUAAAUCUAAAUAAAGUCUCUUUCUUUUGCAUAAUA